AUUGGUCAAACCAGUUAGUGAAGAUGACAGGUGGUAGUUAACGAACGUCUGGUGUGUUGGCCGCCUGGGUCAGAUGAUCGACGUCUUAUAACCUUCACUAACUAUAAAGAUGUCUACUGGUGGCUCCUACAGUAACGAGCGGCCGCCUACAGUGGACGUGGACUAUGCCGCAGAUCCCGCCUCGGGCAGCUUCUUCAGUACAGAGUUCAAGAAAUGUUCUUUGGAUGAUAAUAAACAUGAAGAUCUUAAACAGAUGCUGGACAGUAAUAAGGACGGCCUCAAACUCGAGGCUAUGAAAAGAAUUAUUGGGAUGGUAGCAAAAGGAAGAGAUGCUUCAGAACUGUUUCCAGCUGUUGUGAAGAAUGUUGUCAGUGCCAACCUGGAAGUGAAAAAAUUAGUGUAUGUUUAUCUAGUGCGUUAUGCUGAAGAGCAGCAGGAUCUGGCCCUGUUAUCCAUCUCCACUUUUCAACGAGCUCUCAAGGAUCCCAACCAGCUGAUUCGAGCAUGUGCCUUGAGGGUGUUGUCAAGUAUCAGAGUUCCUGUUAUUGUACCAAUUAUGAUGCUGGCUAUUAAGGAUGCUAUGACGGAUAUGUCUCCUUAUGUGCGCAAGACAGCCGCUCAUGCCAUACCAAAACUGUACAAUCUUGAUCCUGAGCAGAAAGAGGAAUUAAUACAAGUAAUUGAAAAGCUGCUGUCAGACAAGACCACACUAGUAGUUGGCUCAGCAGUGAUGGCAUUUGAGGAGGUCUGCCCAGAGCGAAUUGAUUUGAUCCACAAAAAUUACCGAAAAUUAUGCAACCUGCUCGUGGAUGUGGAGGAAUGGGGUCAGGUCAUCAUCAUAAACAUGCUGACCCGAUAUGCUCGUACCCAGUUUGUUGACCCCAAUGCUGGUAGUGAGGAUGAUGACAGGGAAAGACCUUUUUAUGAAGAUGAUGAAGAAAUUGAAGAUGACGAGACUCUUGCAAAAAGGCCCAAACCAAUGGAUCCCGACCACAGACUCCUCCUUAGGAAUGCGAAGCCGCUGCUACAGAGCCGCAAUGCUGCAGUGGUACUAGGAGUGGCUCAGCUGUACCAGCACAUCGCCCCACGCACUGAAGUGUCACUCGUGGCAAGGGCUCUGGUGCGACUUCUUCGUUCUCACCGAGAGAUUCAGGCCGUUGUUCUCACCAACAUUGCUUCCAUGUCCACACGGCGGAAGGCCAGUGGAUGUAAAGGGGAAAAAGAUAUGUUUGAGCCCUAUCUGAAGAGCUUCUUUGUACGUUCUAGUGACCCAACGCACAUCAAAGCACUCAAGUUGGAGGUACUGACCAACUUAGCCACGGACACCAAUAUUUCUGUCAUCCUGCGGGAGUUCCAGACAUACAUAGGGUCUUCAGAUAAGGAAUUUGUGGCUGCAACCAUCCAGGCUAUUGGGAGGUGUGCCUCCAACAUCAGAGAGGUGACUGAUACAUGUCUCAGUGGUCUGGUCUCCCUCUUAUCAAACCGCGAUGAAUCUGUUGUGGGCGAGAGCGUCGUUGUCAUCCGUAAGCUUCUGCAGAGUGAGACGGUGGGGCACAAGGAUAUAAUCAGCCACAUGGCCCGCUUGAUGGACAAUAUAAAGAUCCCCAUGGCUAGGGCCAGUAUUCUGUGGCUGCUUGGGGAAUAUUGUGACAAAGUUCCUAAGAUUGCUCCAGAUGUACUUCGUAAAAUGGCCAAAACUUUUAUAUCCGAGGAUGACAUUGUGAAGCUGCAGAUCUUGACUUUAGCAACAAAACUCUACUUAACCAACCCCAAGCAAACUCGCCUUCUCUGCCAGUACGUGUAUAAUCUGGCGAAGUACGACACAAACUACGACAUACGAGAUCGUGCACGUCUCACACGAGCUUUGGUUUUCCCAUCUCAAGGUCACGAGGAUAAUAAGCUUGCAAAACAUGCUAAGAAAAUAUUCCUAGCCACCAAGCCACCACCAGUCCAACAGUCUAGUUUCAAAGAUCGCGACCAGUUCCAGCUCAGCACUCUAUCCCAUCUCAUCAAUGCACGAGCCACUGGUUAUCAAGACUUACCUCCUUUCCCCGAAGAGGCACCUGACCCUACUGUACGUUACGUGGAGCUUCCUGCAUCAUUCACCCCCGAGAACCACCAUAAACCUUCACACCCGAAGAAGAGCAAACCACAGAAGAUGAAGUCAUUUUAUUCUGAUGAAAGUUCCCCUGAGGAUGAGAGUGAAGAUGAUGCAAGUGACAGUAGCAGUGAUAGUGACAGUGAUAGUGAUAGCAGUGACAGUGACAGUUCAGAGAGCAGCAGUGAUGAAGAUAAUGAAUCAGACAGUGAGGAGGAGGAAGAAGAGGAGCCGAGGUUCAAGAGGAAAGUGAGCGGUGGCAGUAGUAAGAAACGUCCCGAAAAACACGGCGUUUCACAGUCAUCGGGCAGUGAAGAUACGGACUCUUCCUCCUCCUCAUCAUCAUCGGGGAGCGAGUCGUCGAGCGAUGAGGAAGCAGAAAACUCCGAAGAUUCUGACGAAGACGUAAAGAAAAAGAAGAAAAGUGACAGGGAGCAAAGAAAUUCAGUGCCACAAGGAAGAGGUAAUCGUAGUAAUUUAGACCUCCUCCUGGAUCUGGACGACACACCUCCUGCCAUGGACACCCCACUGCUCACUCCUUCCCUCGGUGGUCUGUUGACACCCUCACCAUCAUCCCAACCAUCUCAGCCACUUCCUCCUGGAGCUUCAAUUCAACCUGCUUCUGCCAAGUUUGUACCCACAGUUACUCAGGAGUUGCUGAAUAGAAUUAGUGGCGGAGGUCUGGCCGUGGCCUGCCGGUUUACGCGCUCUCCGCAUCUCUAUUCCCCCCGUAUGACGUCGGUUGAACUCUCAUUCACAAAUAACGGAAGUGAAGAAAUUCGUGAUAUUAGUGUUGGAAGUAAGAAGCUUGCGCCAGGAAUGGCUCUCCAUGAAUUUGCUGGUAUUGCUGUCUUAAGCCCUGACACCACCCUGAAUGGAACCAUUGGUGUAGACUUCAAUGACACCACUCAACCAGCAAUGUUUGACCUGGUAGUAGGCGGCCGAACAUUCAGCAUUAAUAUCACAGCGCCAAUUGGAGAACUGCUGAUGCCUUUAGCAAUGAAUGAAGGUGAUUUCAAUUUAAAUCAGAUUAAACUGCGAGGGAUGAAUGAACAGUGCGGUGUGGUGAGUCUCUCCAGCGGCAACAAGGAUAUCAAGAGCCUCGUCAACCGGGUUUAUGAAACUGCUAAUCUUCUCCAAGUUCAGUGUUCCAGUAAUGACAUUGUAAAGUUUGGUGGCCAGACUGCAUCAGGGAAGGCGCUGGUACUGGUGUCCCUCUCCCUCCCACAAGAUGAACAAGAAUCUACCAUUUCUGUCAACUGUGAAAAAAUGGUUAUAUCUUCAAUGCUUCUCAAAGAAAUUAAGUCUGCCUUAAAGAGAGAUUGAUUGAUUUCAACAACUAUAAAGAGUUAUUAAUAUUUGACAACAGAGUGAUUAAUUAUAAUUUUAGGAGAUGGCCCUAUACAAAUUGGCUGUAUUAAUGAAAUGAAUGGUUCAUUUUUACCAAUGUUGAUAGUAUAAACUCAACUUCUGAUGUAUUAUGAUUUAGCACCCUAUGAUAAAAGACUAGAUGAUUCCCGGUAGUUCUGUAAUUUCACCUCGGGUGCUGUAGCAUGCAUUCAGAAAAUAUAUAAAAGUCUGUUGUGGCUUAUAUACAGGUUGGCUUGACCAUCAGUGGUGCUAUAUCAAGUAUUGUAAGGUUCCCCAGGGAGUUGUAUAUACAGUACUGUACUGUAUAGUGAAAGAUUGAAGAUAGUAUGAGGAUAGUAAUCUACACAGCUGAAUUUUUAUUGUUUUAAAUGUUAAAGCUUUAUGUUGUUCCAGUUUGUAUCUUUUAUUUCAACAUCAGUAUAUUAGAUCCCAUCAUUUAUGACAAUUUUGUGUCUGCAACCUGUCAAUGUAUUCCAGCUCUUGGGUGUUUAAAUGUCACUUAUUUACAGCUUAAAUACAACAGUAGUGUACAGUUGGGUGACACAGUACUAUACUUAAAAUGUUGGGUCAACUAUUUCUGAUGGCAGUGUUUGGCUGCUGAAGUUAUAUAUGUUUAUGUAUACAGUAUGUAUAUAUUGUCAAGAAUGUAUAUUUAAAAUUUGUUGAAAAUCAGUAACAUUUCAUUUUCGAGUCUGCUCACACAGUACAUAUAUAUAAAACCUGUAUAUAGAACAUUUAUUUUUCAAACAUAUACUGUACAUCACUACAGUAUGUUGGCUUCUGUCAUAUUACAUAAAUAUUACCAGAGGUGUUUGCUAAGGUCCAAAAAUUUAAUUGUUCUAAUUGUAUCAGUGGUUUCUUCAUCAUCAGUCAUAGGAUGUAGCCAAAUUUUGGAGUUUUUAACCCUUAUGCCCCUGGUGACGUAUCAAGACGCCCCGGGUGAUGUUCCAGAAUGAGCACCUUUUCCCACCACUGUUUAAAUGCCCAGCGCGGGUUAUGAGGUUUCAGUGUGACUAUUUAACCUGUCACGUCACACACUCGGCCGGAGGGAAGCUUCCUGAACGUAAUUACCUACUUUUGUUCGUUUCUUUUCAUUGUUUGUCCAUUUAUCAUGUUAUACCAAAGUAAUAUUGCUAAAAGUAGUGUAGUUGUAUUGUAGUGUAGUAUUACUGGAAAAUAAUGCUAUGAUUAUGUUAUAAAUGUACUUAUUUGUGGAAUUAUUAUUAUUUUGUGCGUAGGUGACCACUAGGCUCGCCCUCAUAACAAGCUGUCCCCUCAUCUCCCUCCCUCCCCCCUUGCUGCCAGGAAAGUUGCUACAGGGUCAAUAUAUAGUUGUUCUUGCUUCUUUUUUAUGUUUUAUCAUUUAAAAGGGUUAGAAAUUAUUUUGGGAAAAGUUGAUAUUUCUCGAUUUACCCCCGGGUGGGGGGGCACCCUAACCUGGGGCUUAAGGGUUAAUAUAUUCUCUGUUUUAUAGUUUUAACUCUAGCUCUAUAACUAUACCUGAAAAUUUGUGAAGUGGGCACAUCUGAGUAAAUGGAGGAGGGUUACAACACUGGCCAUGAGGCAUUUUUUAAAAGGGGGCGUCAGUUACAGUCAUUGAUCGAUGAAGGCCCUGGCCUCUGUGUAACAUAUAUAAGAAAGAAAUAAGGCUGCCUCAGGAAUUACAAUAAGAAAAGCUUGAUAUUUCAAAAGAUAGGAAACAGAAGCUUAAAUAUGUUGAUUACCAAGAUUGAAACAUAACAGAAGAAGAAGAAGAAGAAGAAGAAAGAAUUGAGACAUGUUUAAGUAUAGGCCCAGUGUGUGGCUGAAGAGAGAACCUCUAUUAAUGGGAGGGGGAGAGUUCCUGUAUGUCACUUAUAUUGUUAAUUUAGACAACCAAGACAGAUUAAUGUACUACUUUUAAUUAUCUUCCUUAAUUUCUUUUUAUGCUGUCAAUCUCUAUAUUACAUUAAAGUAUUUACAAAGAAAAAUAGUAAA